UGGACUUAGAUAUUAAUUUAACCUCGGCCAGGCUGGGCUUAGAGCCUUUCACCCUAUAAAAGGCAGUCAUAAACCCUAACCCUUUCCAAAGCCAUUAUUUGCUGAGAGAGGUUUAUCAGGUGGUUUCAAAAUGUAUCUUCAGUUUUACAUAAACGAGAAUGGUGAUAAGGUGUACACCACCAAGAAGGAGUCACCACUGGGACUGGCUACUCAAUCUGCUCAUCCAGCUCGCUUCUCUCCUGAUGACAAAUACUCAAGGCAAAGAGUUCUUCUAAAGAAGCGCUUUGGAUUGUUGCCAACCCAGCAGCCACCUCAGAAGUACUGAGUCUAUCGUCUGCUUUCUGCUGUAUUUUAGUUGAACUGUCUAAAUACGGAGCUUACCUUCUCAACUGCCAAAGACUGUUCCCAUUUGUAACCUCUCUGGCUAUAGAAUGUAGUUAAUUUCUGCCCCAUAACCAAGGACAACUAUUGUAGCCAGUAUUUGUUAUAUGAUUGAAAUGCUCUGGCAAAAUAUAUUACUAACUCAUUCUGGAAACCUGAAUCUUUGGGUUUUGCUUGCACAA